CCCCCCGUUACGAGCUGCGAUAUCGUCUCCCUCGCACGCAACCCGGCACCGUUCCUGGAAUGCCGAACCGAAGCGGCGAGAUAAGUUUUCCGUAGCAGAGUAUCGUCCGAUUCGCCGGGCCGGUAUCGCCCCGAUCAAAGGGAGACCGGAUGGUGGACGGCGUCGGCGAGAGAUCGGUCUGCUGACUUCGUUCCGAUCCAUCUCGCGUCUUGGGCACAGAUUAAUACUAUCUUCCAGGAGCGAAGAAUCUGGCAUUCUGAAUUUUACAGUAGCAGAAUGCCUCGUCACUUAGACAUAGGGUGGCAAUAUGGUACAAUGAUUGGGAAUCACAGGCAUCAUGUGCAAUGCAACUAUUGCCACAGGAUCAUGAUUGGAGGCAUUACACGUUUCAAGAAACACUUGGCAAGCAAAAAGGGAGAAAUUAAGGGCUGUGAGGCUGCUCCUAAAGAAGUACGGGAAGUAAUUAGGAAACAUCUGGCUUCACUAAGGCCAAGGAGGCCGAACAAGAAAAGACGAAAGCCAGCAGAUGGAAAUUUUGUAGAUCCUCUUUCUGUUAAUUAUAACAUGGAACUGGAUGCAUCAGAUCCAGAUGCAAGACAGAAAAUGUUGACAUUUAAUGAUGAAGAAACUCACUCUUCUAGGUCAGCAGACCAACAAUUUGAGGUUGGAACAAGGGAAUUUGUUGAUGUGUUUGCAUGUGUCCAGUACAAGGAUGAGCAGGAUUUUGAUCCUUCUAGAGCAACUGACCUUGGAUGGGCACAUGGUGUCAUGGUAAAUGGGGACCGACAAAAAAUACAGUGCAGAUACUGCCAUAAAAUAAUCUUAGGAGGUGGAAUUUCUCGCCUUAAACAACAUUUAGCUGGGGAAAGAGGCAAUAUAGCUCCAUGUGAACAAGUACCUGAUGAUGUAAAAGCACAAAUGCAACAGCAUCUGGGCUUUAAAGUUUUGGAAAGACUUAAAAAGCAGAAAGAUUUUGAGGUUGUAGAGUAUUCUGCUCAGCAAGCAAUAGAAGAAUAUGUUGGUGAUGUUCCUAACAUAAUAUCUCCAAGAGAUGGCUCUCGUUACAGAAGAGGAGAGGAUGCUUGUGAAACGAAUUCUAUCAGAAGAAAGAAAAUUGUGACAUCAUAUAUUCCUCAGGCCUCAGCCAUACCUCAGUCUGCUUUACAGUUUACUUCACAAGAAAACGUAGAUCAUGCUGAUAUCACAGUUGCAAAAUUUAUGUAUGAAGCAGGUAUACCAUUAAGUGUGGCAAAUUCAUUCUAUUUUCAGAGGAUGGCUGAUGCAAUUGCUGCAGUAGGUCUAGGAUACAAAAUUCCCUCAUAUCAUUCUCUUAGAGGUAAAUUAUUAAAUAUAUGUGCCAAUGAAGUGCAAGAAAUUAAUAAAAAGCUUCACAAGUCAUGGGAAGUGACUGGUUGUACGGUCAUGGUUGAUAGGUGGAUGGAUAAAUCUGGUCAGGCUAUGAUUAACUUUUUCAUAUAUUGUCCAAAAGGAACCAUGUUUCUGAAGUCAGUAGAUGCAUCUGAGAUUGAAACCACCUUGGAAGGUCUUGUUGGUUUAUUCGAUAGUGUUGUUCAGGAUGUUGGCUCCAGCAACAUUGUGCAAUUCAUAACUGAUGGUUCAGCCUGCUAUAAAGCUGCAGGUAAGAUACUGGUGAACAAGCAUAAGACUUUCUUUUGGAGUGUUUGCACAAACCAUUGCAUCGAACUAAUGUUCAAAGGAUUGAGUGAAAUGGAUGAAGUGAAUAAGGUAAUGGCAAGGGCAAAGAAAAUAAGUCAGCUAGUAUAUAACCAUGCCUGGGUCCUUGAUUUAUUGAAUGAUAUAACUGAAGGAAGAGAUAUAGUAUUACCCUCCAUGACUACAUUUAUAACAGACUAUUUGACUUUUCAGAAUAUGUUCAUGCUCAAAGAAUCUCUUCAAGAGAUAUUUACAUGUAACUUAUGGGAGCAGUCAGAGCUAUCUAAGCAAACACUGGGGAUAGACGUAAAGAACAUUGUGUCAGAUUCACAAUUCUGGCAGUCCUGUUCAAGAAUCAUCAAUGUCAUGAACCCCCUCAUUACAGUUCUAAACGUUGCAGAUGGUGGAGAAAGAGCUUCUAUGGGAUUUCUAUAUGAUGCUAUAGAAAAGGCAAAGAAAGAAAUAAUUUUGGCAUUUGAUAACCAUGAAUGUGAUUACUCUCCAUAUUUAGACAUUGUGAAUCAUGUACAAGAUGAGCUCCACAGCCCUCUGCAUGCUGCAGCUUAUUAUCUUAACCCUGCUAUAUAUUAUAACCCAGAAUUUUCUAUGAGUAAUGUUGUUCAAAAAGGUUUACUUGAUUGCAUCGAGACUUUAGAGCCUGAUGUAGCAGACCAAGAUAAUAUAACAAGGCAUAAAGCUUUUUAUGAAGAUGCUGUAGGAGAUUUUGGAAGACCAAUGGCAGUAAGGGGAAGAGAAACGUUAUCUCCAGCUACAUGGUGGUCGAUGUAUGGAUCAGAUCACCCAAAUCUCCAGCGAUUUGCUGUGAGGAUAUUGAGCCAAACAUAUAUUAUGACUACCUCCGAUAGGGCCUACAAUGCCAAUGCAUAUCUCCAUUCAAGUAAGAACAGAUUGGAGCAAGAGAGGCUGAAGGAUCUGAAAUUUGUCCACUAUAAUUUGCAUUAUCAACAAAGGCAAUCAGUGGCAGCAGGAAUCAAGGCAAAUAUAAGAAGCAGAUAUGAUCCUGUAAGUGUGGACAAUCAUAACGCAGAAGAGUGGAUCGAAGAUCCCGGAUUAACCGAGGGAGAAGGAAUCAAUUUGUUAGAUGUCGCACAACUUGAUACUUCAGUUCCUACAGCCGAUAGCCUCUGCAAUAUGAGUGAUGAUAAUUUUGGCAAUAACCAUGAGAACAUAAACGGAAGUGACGAGGGUGUCGACAGUGCAGAUUCAUUAAACUGUAUGCAGAAGCAAAUCAAGACAACACCAAGGGAAGCCACAGUUCAUAUUCUUCCUGCAGUAUCAUGUGGAUACAUUAUUAUGUAGCCAGCCUUGUUGUGCAACAUUGUACGACUAUUAGUCUUAUUACUCCUGUAAAGAAUUGUUCAGACCUCAGGUUCACAUUGAACUCAAUGUGUCAAAGUGGUGUUGCUUCUCUGAUUCCUCCCCUUAAUGUGAUGUUGGCAUGCUGGUGUUCUAAAUCA